UGUGUAAAGUCACGAGUACUACGAGCGAGCAUUCAUUCAUUCAGCAUCAAGUUUCUAAUCUAUAAAUACACCCCCCACUCGUUUCCCAUUCUUUUCUAUACUUUCAUAUCGUAGUUAGCAUUAGGUUCUUCAGAUAGACACACACAUAUUUCUCUUUCUUUCUUUUUUUGUUUUUGUAGGUACUCUACUGUUGAGGACGAAAGAACCAAUCUGUUUCGAGGGCUUCACUUAGCUGAAUACCGUAGAAUUCAGGAAAGGCGUUGAAGUUGGAGUGUAAAAGAUUUAUUUGGAGGAGUUUGUAUUUUCAGUGAAGGAAUGGAGCUAUAUGGAAAAUCUGUGGGUGCAGGUCUUGCCAAUGUUAUUUACCUGUCAAGUAUUUUGGGCCGAGACAGUUCGAUUCCUGGUCACAAAUGCGACUGGAAAUGCAAAAACGAACAUGUUUGUGGAAACAUAUAUCGCUGCAAGCUAACAGGGCUGACUCACAUCUGUGAUAAAAACUGUAACCAGAGAAUUCUUUAUGACAAUCACAGCUCCCUCUGCCGAGCUAGUGGUCAGACUUUUCCCCUUACACCGACAGAAGAACAAGCGGCCAGAGGUGUUCGAAGGAAGCUUGAUGCAGAUAAUUCACCCACUGAUGGCUGCGGUUUUAAGCGGAGACGGGAUGGCCAAUUUCAUCCUUCUCCUUUUGAGAAGUCCUUUUCUGCUGUUAGUCCUAUAUGCAGCCAAGUUGGAGAUGGCAUGGAUAUACAUAACUGAAAGACUUUAAGUUUUUCUCUUGUUUUUUCUUUUUAUCACAUGAGUAUGAAUAACAGAACUUGAACAAUUAUGGAUUACUUACUGGUGGACCCAAUAUAUGUCCAUUUUUCUAUUGUUCGAACUCCGUAUUUCUAAUAUCAAUGUAAUGUAGUGGUUAAUGUAGCUUAAGUGAUGAAUGUGGAUUUGAGUAGGCUCUAUUUAGUUUUCAGAUGUAUGUGAAAGCUGAAUUGACUUCAGAUUCUAGCUAACCUUAGUGGGAAGAAUAUUGUUGCAGGUUACUGAUGCAUUUCUUUAAUCCUUUAUGAUGUUUUUGAGUUUGAUUUAGGACCUGAAUAGUGUUGUACUAUGUAUCAACAAUGUUUAUCUAGCUGUCUGUUAAGUGUA